AUGGAGGUAGAGACAGAUGCGGGGGAACUAUUCGAUAUAACCAUAGAUAAGAACUUCUUCGGGCUGACUCAGCUCUACCCCACAAAGACCGACGAUAUCACGGCAGAUAUUGUGGCUGUAACAACACUUUCUGCUCAUGCGUUUGAAUCAUGGAGGGGGAAAGGCGACCUGGGUAGAAUGUGGCUUCGCGACUUUCUUUCCGUCGGCCUUCCAAACUGUAGGACCAUGACAUAUGGUUAUUACUCAAGGCUCUGUAGCCCUGGAGUCCACCAAAUCAGGGAUUAUAGCCGUGGUUCCUUGGAGGAACUAAAGAAGGCCAGAAUGUCAGAAGAAGUUGUUGGGUUUUGUUUCAACGUUUCUUCCCGAUACUUCACUAUUAAGGAUAUCUCAUCCGGCCCUCAUAUGAAAGGAAAAGGCCAAUUAUUUUUAUAG